AUGACAGGGCUCUGUGGUCUCCCCAUGGAGUUGCUCCUAAUGACCUACUCCUUCAUUCCAGCGCCUUACACCGGCAAACGCAUUUUGGAUGAAAUCGCCAGAGCCCAGUCCAACUCCGCCGCAGUCGCCCAUGACAUUUCAAAACACAUUCGACGCGAUCGAGCCGGACUCGUGAAUCUUGCCCUCACAUGCAAGAGGCUCAGCACUCUCCCUCUGGAGUCAACCUGGCGCGAGACCAACUUUGGGUUUUACGCCAAAGACAGUCAAGAGGCCAUCUUCCUAAUGAUUCGUUUUCUCUGGGAGGUCAGGAAAUACCCCGCGCAGUUCUCGUCGAUCCGGAAACUAUUCGUAUUUGUUGACGAAGCGCACGCGACUCCUGCCGAGAUCCCCGACGACAGACGGGACUUCGUCAUCCAGGCUUUGCAAUCCAUUGGUUUCGACUAUGACAGAGUUAUACCCGGCAACAGUUGGCAUUCAGAAGUCAAGUUCAGCGAAGCCAUUCAAAUGGACGACUCAGAAGCACUCAUGGGGACCCUUCUCUUGGCCAUCAUCCUCCACUUGCCUCGUGUUGACGAUAUGGCUUUUAAUGUCACGCCAUACACGUGGAGAUACUUACAGGAAUUCUACAAAGGCUGUAUGAAUCGCCGGCUUGUUGCUCAGAGCCUCAACUCCAGCAGCGACGACACCGGCACACGAGACGUCGAGGGUGAUGGGUCGGAUGUAGAGCAGAAUACCUCGGCGCGCGGGCCGACAGGCCACAGGCAGAGGUACGCCCCGCUCAACACAGUGCGUUCAUUUUCCUUUCGAAAUCCGCAACGGACCGAGAUAGACUGGGUCAUGUGCAACCGCGGAUACGACUGCCUCUUCCCACUUGCCCCGGGAGCCGAAGUCUACUCGCAUGGAUAUGAUCGCUCGGAGGUCUGUAUUUUCGACGACUGCAAGUCCCUCCGCGGACAAUUAACGCCAAACCUAACGUCGAUCGUGCUGGUGAAGAUGUUGAUGGGCCCCAAGGCCCUGCGCCAGACGCUGUCCGACUGCCGACAGCUUACAAAGUUCAUCUACGUGGCACAGGGCGAAGUCGCUCACAAUGGCCGAGAUCUGACGGCUGGCGAUGUCAUUGAAGCUCUUGAGACUGCCGGAGUCUGA